CGCUUUGAUAGGUUGUUAGAUGUCCAGCCACCAAAUGAAGCUGAUCGCAAAGAUAUAUUUUGCAUUCAUAUGCGGAGCAUGCCCUGCAGUUCUGAUGUCUGCGAAGAGGAGCUUGCUUGUCUCACUGAAGGCUAUACUGGGGCAGACAUUAAAUUGAUAUGCAGGGAAGCUGCUAUCGCUGCAUUAGAAGAGAGCCUGGAGGCAGUUGAAGUAUCUAUGGCACAUUUUAAAAUUGGAAUAGGAAAGGUGCAACCAUCAAAUAUCCAAUUCUACCAAGAGCUAGCAGCCCAGUUUCGGAGGCUAGUUGACAGCAGAGCAAUCAGGGAUGAGUGACACUGUUUAGAUAACAGGAAAUGUAACAUUCCAACUCCAUUGAACAUUAUCUUCCUUUUGAUCUGAUAAGUUUUCCUAAUUUAUGAUAUUGUUGCAGGAGAGGUUAAAGAUGUUGAAAAUGACAAAGAAUUGCUAGAAAUUCUUGGAAGAACUCGUCACCAGGAAGCUUGGCAUUAAUUCUGCGAAAGGCUCGGUAUGCAUUUAUUGCCCUCUAUAUUCUCAAAUAUACUUCAAUGCC